CGCCGCCGUGGCGAUAGGUGGAACUACAAAGGUCAACAAAAGGAUGAGGCAACAGAAUGCUAGAUUUUUUUCGGUAUUUAAUUCAAGUAUUGUUACAUUUGAUAUUUACUCCCAAAAUUAAGAUGUCAAAUUCGUUGAGCGUCUACAUUAAAUCCAGUGUUGGUAACACUCUGUCAGUCGAGUUGGACCCGAAAUGGGACAUACGAAAUUUGAAAGAAAAGAUUGCACCAAAGUUAGGUUUAUCUCCAGAUGAUGUUAAAAUAAUAUUUGCUGGGAAAGAACUUAUGGAUUGUAUUGUGAUUGAGGAAUGUGAUUUAGGCCAACAAAGCAUUUUACACGCAGUUAAAAUUCGUCACAUUGAUAAGAAACAACAAAAUGGGGACGAGAGUGAUGUAGAAGGUUCUCGUCCAAUGAAUGAAACACUUGUUGAUUGGCAGCUCACUGCCAAUGAACGGAACAAUUUAGAGAAGAACAAUGACCCUGAACAUGGAAGAGCUCACUUUUAUGUAUACUGCUCACAUCCAUGUAAGAAAUUGAGGCCCGGGAAGUUGCGAGUAAGAUGUGCAACUUGUUCUAGUGGUGCAUUCACAGUUGACAGGGAUCCACAGUGCUGGGAUGAUGUAUUGAAAGAGCAGAAAAUCUCAGGAACAUGUGAGGAAUGUCCAGAAGAAGGCGCACCCCAGUUUGCUAAAUUUUUCUUUAAAUGCUCAGAGCACGCUUCUCAGGGAGAACAUGAAGAAACUGUGCCUCUGGAUUUGGUAAAAACAAAUAUUAGAGACGUUCCGUGUCUUGCGUGCACCGAAAUUAAGAACCCUGUUCUUGUUUUUCCGUGCCAUGAAGGGCAUGUGACAUGCCUGGACUGUUUCCAGGCGUACUGCAUUUCUCGCCUCAGAGACAGACAGUUCUGGUCACAUCCAGAAUUAGGAUACACCCUUCCAUGCCCUGCUGGCUGUGCAGAUUCCCUCAUCCAGGAAGUGCAUCACUUCCACUUACUCACUGAUGAGCAAUAUGCCAUGUAUCAGCGAUUUGGAGCUGAAGAGUUUGUACUCCAAGCCGGCGGUGUUUUGUGCCCACAACCAGGGUGUGGCAUGGGGAUUUUGGCCCCAGAAGGUUGCCGAAAAAUCCAUUGUGCUCAUGGAUGUGAGUUCGUGUUUUGUCGGCAAUGUCGGCAAGGUUAUCAUCUUGGAGAAUGUUCUGAUGUUGAGACAGAUGAUACAGGACAGCUUGGCUCUAAUUGUCAGUACAAUGUAGACCCCGUUCGUGCCAGUCAAGCCAGGUGGGAUGAGGCAACCAAAGCAGCUAUUCGUGUUACCACUAAGCCUUGUCCUAAGUGUCGCACACCAACUGAGAGGAGUGGGGGCUGCAUGCAUAUGAUAUGCACCAGGCCUCAAUGCGGUUUCCAUUGGUGUUGGGUUUGUCAAACAGAGUGGACCAGAGAUUGCAUGGGAAGUCAUUGGUUUGGCUAACCAGACAUGAAUUUCAUGGUAGAGAUAACAAUUUUUUUAAAGAUCUAUUAAAGAAUGAAAUAUGAAUUAAUGAAAUAUCAAGAUCAACUUAGCUUGGGAUGCAAAAUAAGGCUGUCAGAGACUUGAAAUCAAGUAUGUAAAUUGUGAUGUAGGAAUAAAUGAAAUAUUUUCCUC